CUCGCGCGCCAUACCUUGCUGUUCUUUCAUUCAGUGUAAACGGGUUGCUGCUUCCUCUGUCCCUUUUGCCAAGAGUCGUCGCGCAGCCGUCGCCAACUCCUCGCGCGUCACAAUGUCCGUUCAGGAGUACAUUGAGAAGCAUGGCCUAGAGAAGAAGGUGGAGGAGGUUCUGAAUCUCUGUGUUAAGGAGAAGCCCGAGGAGCCCUUGUCUUUUAUGGCCAAGGCCCUUCAGCAGCUUUCGCCGCCGGAGAUAGUUAAGGUUGUAGGCCGUCAAAUCAUCGACUCCCGCGGCAACCCUACCGUGGAGGCGGAUGUGUUUACUCGCAAGGGCAUGUUCCGUGCUGCUGUCCCUAGUGGUGCCUCGACUGGUGUUCACGAGGCUGUGGAGCUCCGGGACGGGGACAAGUCCAAGUACCUCGGCAAGGGUGUGUCAAAGGCUGUUGAGAACAUCAACGCGAUUAUCGCACCGGCGCUCAAGGGUAUGGAUCCAACCAAUCAAACUGAGAUUGAUAACAAGAUGAAGGAGCUGGAUGGCACGGACAACAAGGGCAAGUUGGGUGCUAAUGCUAUUCUGGCCGUCUCGAUUGCUGUCUGCAAGGCUGGCGCCGCUGAGAAGGGUGUGCCGCUGUACAAGCACAUCGCUGACCUGGCCGGAAACGGCAAGCUGAUCCUCCCUGUCCCCUCCUUCAACAUCAUCAACGGUGGCAGCCACGCCGGAAACGCGCUGGCCAUGCAGGAGUUUAUGAUUCUGCCAGUCGGUGCCUCAAGCUUCGCGGAGGCCAUGCGCAUGGGCUGCGAAGUCUAUCACGCUCUGAAGGGCCUGAUCAAGUCUAAGUACGGCCAGGACGCGUGUAACGUGGGUGAUGAGGGUGGCUUUGCGCCCAACAUCGGCUCCAAUGAGGAGGGUCUCAACCUCGUCAACGAGGCCAUCGAGAAGGCCGGGUACACCGGCAAGGUCAAGAUCGGAAUGGACGUUGCGUCGUCCGAGUUUUACACCGAGGACGGCAUGUACGAUCUGGAUUUCAAGAACCAGCCGAACGACGGUUCCCAAAAGAAGACGAAGGAGCAGAUGUUGGAGCUGUACAAGGAGUUCUGCCACAAAUAUCCGAUCGUAACUAUUGAGGACCCCUUCGAGCAGGACGACUGGGAGCCGUGCGGCAAGCUCACUGCAGAGAGCAUCUGCCAGGUUGUGGGUGAUGACAUUCUGGUAACCAACCCGGUCCGUGUUAAGAAGGCCAUUGAAGCUAAGGCGGUCAAUGCUCUGCUGCUCAAGGUCAACCAAAUCGGUACGGUCACCGAGUCCAUCGAGGCUGUUCGCAUCUCCAAGGAGGCUGGCUGGGGUGUCAUGACGAGCCAUCGGUCCGGUGAGACGGAGGACGCGUUUAUUGCAGACCUGGCUGUCGGUCUGGCAACCGGCCAGAUUAAGACCGGCGCGCCAUGCCGCUCUGAGCGCAAUGCUAAGUACAACCAGCUGCUGCGCAUCGAGGAGGAACUGGGUCCGGAUGCCGUGUACGCUGGCGAGCAAUGGCGCCACAUCGCCUGGUGAAGGGAAAGGAUGCGAUUUUGACACGGCAGGCUUGGCACCUCGUGUCCAAGAAGAUUAUUUUCGGGACUGUCCGCAUGAAGAGAUACGAAGAGACUCAUGAAAUUUACGCCAAGAACGAAGCUGGUUCUGUCGGGUGUAGAUCGAUAGUCGGAUGUCUCCAAACCAGGAGAUUACCUUCACAACGGCAUUGUUCCGUUGCCGUGCAUCUUAAGCACUCAGGCUGUUGUGGUUACGGCGAUGAAGCAGAGGAAUUAGGAACUAUACACUUAAAUACUAUACCAUUAGUGCAACGUCCAUGAAUGAAAUGGUGCGUUUGCACGAGGACAAAUAUGUAAAAAGAUAAUAAAACUGACUCGUCAUUCAAAAUUAUAAUACAAUAUUCCAUAACAUGCAUCGUUACGAAAACUCUAAUAAUGUUAUCUACACUGCCCCCCGAUCAUAAAUAAACCGUAAUCCAAGCUGUUCUCAUUCGUUUACUUGUAGACACGUUGCAUUUUCAAGCAGCGAAAACAGCAACGUUAUUGUCAGGUAAAGAUCGUACUUGCUCUCGAGUCGCAACACUCUGCUGUCAAAAGUCAAGGCACGAAUUCAAAGCCUCGUGUACAUAGCUCAACGCUGCCAUUAUAUUCGGGCUGCUGCCAAAGCCUCCCGAGUGUACAUAGCUAUUACGUCCAGAUCCGUUGCGGUGUUGGUAUUAUUAAGCGUAUCAGAUGAUCCAGAUCCAAGGGUCAAGGCCAGGACCGGCAAAUUAGAUUUGCUACUACUUCGCCCAGGACGAUGACGCGUUGUUGCCGUCAGGCCCGAGGGCAAUUCCUGAAGCUCCGUCGUCAGGAAUCUGCCAUACCCAAAGUACGCCACCGGCUGUGGGCUGGUAGGUUGUUUCCAGGUGCACAAUCUG